CCCCAAACACGGCCUUUUAGGUUCGGUGAGCCGUGUCAGCUUCUAUGAAACCGAUUGUUCGCGAUUUCAUUGGGAAGGCCAGCGCUUGCUGGGGGGAAUACCCAACCUUGUGUGCCUUGAGACGUCCAAGUUCUAAUAAUUUAAUGAUUUUGCGAAGUCAGUAUUUUAAACAGAAUCUUGAGUACGAUCUAGACAAUUCUAUGAAUAGGAACGACCCGACGAUCCAAAAAUAAUUUGCCGUUCACCUUCAAAAAUGAUCUAUCUUGACAGCGCGUAGUGAUGUAGACCAGUGUCUAGACCAUACCCAAAGAUCGAGAUAUAAAGGCAGUGAUUCUUCUCUUUCAUUCCUGUUUUCCUCUUAUUCUACAGCAAUCAACAAUCAACUACCAUCCUCACUCUUUGACAGAGUGUUGUUUCCUUUUCCUUUUCCUUUUUCUUUUCUUUAUUUCUGAUAUUUCAUAUCAUUCCAUUUCUAACUUGUUUUCCCUUUCAAUCUCCUUUAUCUCAACACUUUUAUCAUAUAUAUACAACUAUAUCCCAUAUUCUCUCCAUUUAUCAGCAUAUUUCCUCGCAUUCGUAUACCAGCGACCCAGGUGAUCCAUUUCACUCCCUGUCUAUUACAUUUAUUCCCAAGGCAUAUCGUCUAUUUCUUGACAUUAUCUCUUUUGUUUCCUUUCCCCUCGAACACAACUUUACUCGUCACUAUGGCUGGUCCACAAGGCGCCCUCGCUACCUCUUUUAAGGCGGUCCGCAUACUCCAGGCCAUCUGCCUUAUUUCCAUUAUUGGAAUGACCGCCAACUUCAUCGCUCAGAUGGUCAACGCAAAUGCAACUCCACCAGAUGUGCUCAUCGGCACCCUGAGUGUGACCGUCAUUGCAGUCUUGUACUGCGCCAUCACCUUCAUCCUUUUCCUUGACGGGGCCCUCCCAUACCUGAUCAACCUUGGUUUGGAUGGAGCCCAUUUGAUUGCCGUCGUGGUCGUCGCUGUCACUGUCGGAAAACCGCUAUCGUAUCUGAACUGCAAUGUGAUCGGACAAGUCUCCGGCGACCAUUCAUCUGUGUAUGAUUUUGCCAACGCCCUUGGCCAGAGCCUCGCCAAGGAUGGCGGAAAGAUCAGCUACACCCAUUGGAUUGGAGCAUCGAAGCUCACCUGUUACGAAAUGAAGUCGAUCUGGGGCCUGAGCAUUGCUCUUUGUAUUUUGUUUGCCUUCUCUGCUAUAUGCAGUGCGUGCCUCUGGCGCCAAACCAGAGCCAGUGCUCCCAAGGACAUUGAAAGCUAG